GUAUCAGGUGCGGACGCUGCAGAGGACGAGGAGGUGGACGUCACGUCAGUCGAUCCCAUCCCAGCGUUCUGCAGCAGUGACGAGGAGCUGGAGGACUUUAAAGCGCUGCUGUAUCUGCCCAUCGCUCCGGAGGUGGAGGACCCUGAGGAGAACCCGUUUGGCCCUCCGCCCGACGCCGCGGGUCAGAACGCCACGCCCGAUGACGGCUCCGCCCACAGCGGCCCCGGCGACAAAAAACAGCGGCAACCGUCGUCCGACGGAGGGCCACCCAAGAAGAAGAUUCGCACCACCACCAUCGAGCUGCAGGGCGUCCCAAACGAUGAGGUCCAUCCGCUGCUGGGUGUGAAGGGCGACAGUAAGUCCAAGAAGAAGGCGGCGGGGCGGCCCAAGGGAUCGAAAGGUAAAGACAAAGACUCUCCGUUCAGACCCAAAGUCUACCGGGACAGAGCAGAGGGGCUGGGGACGCCAGGAAAUCUGGUCUCGGCGGUGUACAAGCAGCACGAGGUUCAGGGUUUGGACUGAAGCUGAAGGCCUCUGGUGCCCCCUGUCUGUGUGGAUGAACGACGUCGCUCUUUUUUAUGGACUCUAUGGACUGUAUUCGUGUUGUAUUAUUACAGAAGGACAUUACAGCUCAACGACGCCACAGUUUGAAGCCCGUCCGAUCCGUUUCCUUGCAUAGAGAGAGUGAUAGGAAGAGGGAAUCAUGUAUUGUUUGUUUAGAGUAGAUGGAUCUGUCUCUGUGUUUAAGCACUAGUUGGGUCGUAUACUCAGUCACGUGUCUUUUAUUUGUUUUGUGUUUGUUUCUUUUUUUCUGAGACUGGUUGUGUUUUUUUUUUAUACCUAUUAAACCAGUUUGUUUUUUGAGA